AUGUGUCCCGUCCAUGUGUUCCGUCCAUGUGUCCCGUCCAUGUGUUCCGUCCAUGUGUUCCGUCCAUGUGUCCCGUCCAUGUGUCCCGUCCAUGUGUUCCGUCCAUGUGUUCCGUCCAUGUGUCCCGUCCAUGUGUCCCGUCCAUGUGUUCAGUCCAUGUGUCCCGUCCAUGUGUCCCGUCCAUGUGUUCCGUCCAUGUGUUCCGUCCAUGUGUCCCGUCCAUGUGUUCAGUCCAUGUGUUCAGUCCAUGUGUUCCGUCCAUGUGUCCCGUCCAUGUGUUCAGUCCAUGUGUUCCGUCCAUGUGUUCCGUCCAUGUGUCCCGUCCAUGUGUCCCGUCCAUGUGUCCCGUCCAUGUGUCCCGUCCAUGUGUCCCGUCCAUGUGUUCAGUCCAUGUGUCCCGUCCAUGUGUUCCGUCCAUGUGUCCCGGCCAUGUGUCCCGUCCAUGUGUUCAGUCCAUGUGUUCCGUCCAUGUGUUCCGUCCAUGUGUCCCGUUCAUGUGUCCCGUCCAUGUGUCCCGUCCAUGUGUCCCGUCCAUGUGUCCCGGCCAUGUGUCCCGUCCAUGUGUUCAGUCCAUGUGUCCCGUCCAUGUGUUCAGUCCAUGUGUCCCGUCCAUGUGUCCCGUCCAUGUGUCCCGGCCAUGUGUCCCGUCCAUGUGUUCAGUCCAUGUGUCCCGUCCAUGUGUCCCGUCCAUGUGUCCCGGCCAUGUGUCCCGUCCAUGUGUUCAGUCCAUGUGUCCCGUCCAUGUGUUCCGUCCAUGUGUCCCGUCCAUGUGUCCCGUCCAUGUGUCCCGUCCAUGUGUCCCGUCCAUGUGUCCCGUCCAUGUGUCCCGUCCAUGUGUCCCGUCCAUGUGUUCCGUCCAUGUGUCCCGUCCAUGUGUUCCGUCCAUGUGUCCCGUCCAUGGAGUUGUAA